GGUAGUGUGCUCUAGGGAUAGUAGGAGGUGACCUUACUGAAGUAUUGUUGAAGUCCUGCAUUUAUAUUUCCAUUAAUGUGAAAUUAAAUUCAGUUGCAAUUUAUUUUAGUCCAAUGAUUUUUCAGCCCUUUGUUAGCAACAGAUGUCAGAUUCGAUUUAUAGCUUUGUAGCGUUGCUAGUUAAAGUAAAAGCUUUAUUAGUGAAAUAAAAGCAGAUUUUCUACAAUAGCUCAUCUGAGAUCACGAAUGGCAGAAGCACAACAGGCUCGAAUGCAGAAGUCAGUGGAAGAUAUGGUUCAGAGUCUGGAGAGAGAUCACAUCCGUAAAAUGCAGGCACGGAUGUUCCACUGCAGUGCAGAAUGCUGUGAGCAUCCCGGCGACUCCAUGAACCAGGUGCAUCAGUGUAUAGAGCGCUGCCAUACACCACUGGCCAAAGCUCAAGGACUGGUCACUAGUGAGCUUGAAAAAUUUCAGGACCGUCUCUCAAGAUGUACAAUGCACUGUAACGACAAGGCCAAGGACCUGUUCGACUCCGGAGCGAAGGAGCCUGCUGUGCGGGCGCUGAUAGACCGCUGUGUGUGCAGCUGUGUGGACGAGCACCUCAACAUGCUGCCCAGUAUGACCCGCAGACUGAAAGACAGCUUGAACUCAAUACCUCAGUGAAGAAAUAAUUGACACAGAGGCUAAACAAAAUGAUUGUUAGGGACUCGUGUCUUUACUAGAUGGAAGAACUUGCUCUUCUUUGCUAUCACCACAUUGUGAUGAUUUUUUAUUUUAUUUUAAAGUGCAAUUGUUUUAUACAUCAUAGUAUUUGCUGUUUUGUUCAUUUAAAAAAAAGUGUCGGGACAGGAUCAUUUUAAUUACUAUACUAAUUACAAUAAUGAGAAUUUUUACAUUAUGGUACCGGUAAUUCAAAUUUGGGUAUAUGUACCAAAAUCUCACAAUGCAACAUAAAAUACAAAAGAAUUGAUAUUUUUCUUUUGAUCUUGGUCUGAAAUAUGACCUAGACAUUUCCAAAUAAUUAAAUGAUGAUAAA